AAUCUGCAUCACGAAAACAGUUAGCGCCCGCAAAAGUCAGCAAAAAUAAAAACACCGCCUCAUUACCAAAAAAAAAAAGUUCCCUUCUUAUGGCGGUUUUCCCUUGUUGCUUUAAAACACUUGACAUCUCUGAUUCUUUCUUCUCUGCUGACUCUGCAAACAAAUUCGUGUUUGUCACUGAAGCCGUUACCGUUUUGAUUUUCCUCGCUUUUUCUUUCCUCCCAAGUUUUUCAUCAAACAUGAACUUAUACUAAUUCUUCAAUACACAAACACAAUUACUUAACGUUCUUUGCUGUUAGUUUUCUUUCUCUCUCAUCUUAUAUACACAAAUAAUUGUAUACAAUUCUUUUGUUCUCUUUCUUUCUAAUUCUUUGCAUAAUGGAGAGACGGACUUACGAUGACUCCGCGAAUUUGGCGUCGGAGAUCUCAAUUUCAGAUUACGCCAGCGGCGACGAAGACUCCUCGGUUUCAGAUUGCGAGAGCAGCGUCUCCGGUGAUGCACGCAACAUGUUCGAUGAAAGGUUCGUGAGACUCUCCGAAGGAGACAAGGCUCGCGACCUCGUUCAGACCAGAUUAGUUAAGGGACUAGCAUCGUGCGGGUUGAAAUCCAACGUCGUUUCGGUUCACAGAAAUGCGUGGCGUUCUGUAAUGGCGAAGGCGCGUGUUCAGUGCUUCCAGAUCUUCGCGCGUGCCGUUGCGAAAUUGCGUGGCGGCGAUCCCAACGUGAAGUAUGCAUGGUAUGGUGCUUCGAGCAAGGAAGAGGUUGAAGACAUUAUUGAGCACGGUUUCGGUGGGAAGAUGCCUCUCCGUGACGGACUUCGUCUUUCGCCGGAUGAUUCUCCUCUCAAAAGUGUGAAAAGCUGUGGCGUUGACAAAGAUGGUGUGAGGCAUGUGAUUCUGUGCCGCGUUAUCUUGGGGAGAGUGGAGAUGGUGCCACGUGGCUCCGAUCCAUGCGGUUCAAGUUCGGAAGAUUAUGAUUCCGGUAUGGACGGCAGCUUCUCAUCUCCCGAGGGGUACGUCAUUUGGAGUCAACGGGUCAACACGCAUGUCUUGCCUGAAUUCGUUAUAAGCUUUAAACUUCAUCCCUCAAAAGGUAAUGUGAGGAUUGAAGAGCCUUUGAAACCUUCUUCCCCUUGGAUGCCAUUCCCCGCUCUGAUUUCUGUGCUUUCUAAGAUUUUGCCUUCCUCUGAUAUUGCCUUGAUUUCCAAGUUUCACAAAGAUUAUAAAGAAAAUAAAAUUUCACGGCAUCAAUUGAUACAGAAAGUAAGAGUAAUAGUAGGAGACAAACUGCUCGUUGCGGCCAUCAAAUCUUUUAGGGAGAAGAAAAUACCUGCAAGCUUUAAACAUGCAAGGUCAUGGCAACCGGAAAACCAUCUUGGUGGACAGAAUACGGUGUCUUUUAUGAACUGUGUUAGUGGAUUGAAGGAAGGGAGGAAUACAGAACGUGAUAUAAGGCCUUACUAACUUGGUAGCCAAACUUACUUUGAGGUUGGAAGGAGUUGUUUAGAAGCAGAGUCACAUUUGGAACUUCUAUUCUUUCCUUUGUGAUACAUAUUUUCUUUUGUUGUUGAAUGUAGUUUAGGACAAGGUCUUCGUUAUUCUAGUUACAAUUUACAAAAUGAAAUGAUGUAAUCAAUGAUUAAUAAGACGCACAUUGAAUAGACUCCUCAGUUACAAAUGCAA